UUAUUAUUAUUUUUAUUUGUUUUCUUUUUUACAUUUUCGUUGGCCGCCGUUGAAUUCUCUCCGGUGUUCUUUCUCCUUCAAGUCACACUAUCCCGAAUCUCUCUCUACCUCUGUUCUACUUGCCAUUCAAAAUUUUCUUCCAUUUUCAAAAAAUGGUUCCGUCCUUCGCCGCUUUUCAGCUCCUCCUACUCAUCGGAUUUCUUUCUUCUGGAUCGGAAUCUCUUCGAUUCGACUUGCAGUCCGGCCACACCAAAUGCAUCUCCGAGGACAUUAAGCAGAACGCCGUGACUGUCGGGAAGUAUCACGUUGUCAAUCCCAACGAAGCCCAGCCUUUGACUGAUGAUCGCAAGCUUGUUGUUAGGGUGACUUCGACUACUGGGAAUACCUUCCACUAUUCCGACAAGGUUGAAUCGGGGCAAUUCGCGUUCGUUGCUGGGGAAGGGGGUGAUUUCAUGACCUGCUUUUGGGUUCCUGAUCACAAGCCUCAAGUAACAUUAACGGUGGAUUUCGAUUGGAGGACGGGUGUGGCUGCCAAGCAAUGGUCCAGUGUUGCUAAGAAGGGCGAUGUCGAAGCUAUGGAAUUUGAGCUGCAGAAGUUGUUUGAAACUGCCAAUUCUAUUCAAGAAGAGAUGUAUUAUCUCCGUGAAAGGGAGGAAGAAAUGCAAGAUCUGAACGCAAGUACGAACACGAAGAUGGCGCGGUUGAGUUUUCUUUCGCUUUUCGUUUGCUCAUCAGUGGCGGGUUUGCAAAUUUGGCACCUCAAGACCUUUUUCCACAAAAAGAAGCUCAUUUGAUUUUUCCUUUUUUGUUCUAAACCAAAUGAGCCUCUUCUUAUUGUGUUAUGUGAGAGCAGCAGCGGUAGCUUAGCUGAAGGCACAGAGAAAACAAGGCCGUAGCAUUCAUUAGCCACAUAUAGACGAUUCAAAAACUCACUGUUAAAAUCAAUAGAACUUACACAGAAUAUAUUUGUAUGAUACAAUUAUGCCUAAUUUUUAAUACCCCUACCUUUUUCAUUGUAUAUUU